AUGACUAGCCUCUACAUGUUGAGUCAGGUGGGGCAUGCGGACGUGAGCCAGGCUUUCGGCAUCCUGCGCCAGCGGAUCCAGGCAUUAGGCCCUUCUAACAUUGUCAAAUUCGAGGUGGGCGACUCGUUCGAGAUUGUCAAUGAUACGACCAAGAACAUUGUCAAUUUUAAGGUGGGCGACUCGUUCGAGAUUGUCAAUGACAAGACCAACGCCAUGGGCGGCCGGCCGUGGGGCAGCAGCGGCUCUUGGAGCGGCAAGGGCCGCGGCGGUGCACGAGGCCCGUGGCAGCCGCGACGCGGGGGGGGGGGCGGCGGCGACUGCCUCGUGGGUGUCGCCGAUCCGUUCCACAAGGUGAUGGGAAGCGCCUCGGCGUCCGCCCAGGCCAAGCAGGUCUCCUCGGGUGCAGGCGACUCGCGGCUCCGGCGCACCGGCCGGCGCAUGUCCGAGUUCGUGAACGAUGGUGGGCCGCGCAGUGCUACUGGCGCUCUCGAGGGCCAGCCUGCCUUCAAUCGCUUGAGGGCCGAGAUAGAGGCACUCGCGAAGGAAGCCAACGCCCUGGUGGAGACAGCGAAGCCCGUGCAGGACACGACUGGCGAGACGAGCAAGGAUAUCAAGUCGCUCAUGGCCCUGUUCCAGCAGAGCGACCCGUGGUCGCCUCAGCCUGGAGGGGUCGGGGAAGUCCGCGAGCAGGCACCGCCAGCUGCCCGCGUCGGGGGGCGUGCGUUUCAGCGCACCAUGGCGAGGGAUCUCCACGCCGAGACCCUAGGCCACGUCGGCAUCAGUGCCAUUGGGCGCGAGGUUAAGGACCUCGAGGAGGCCUUUUCGACAGGCAUCAGACGUGAGGGCAGGGCGAUGGGCGACUGGCUUUUCCGCUUCUUGCAGGAUGACGGCUCGUGUUCCGACGAGCCCUUGCAGGGUGGGCGCGGGGUUGGGCCUGCGCGCGGCCGCGCCAUCGCUCCGUGCCCGGAUGCCCCUAGCAAUCUUGCCGCGGAGUGCGAAAUCUGGAAGCAAGUCGCGUGCGAUAACGUGGAGAGUUGUUGCUGCGACCUCGAUCCCGUCGCGCCGUGGUCUUGCCAGAUGCGCCCGGCAAAGGUGGCCGCGCUGCCGCAGAAAGUCCCGAAGCGCGUGGCCUUUGGCAAUAACGUGUUGUCACUGAAGCACGCGCCCAGGUGGCAUCGGUUGUGCAGUGUCUGGACGGACAUCUGCAGCGACGUUUUGCCUGCCACCGUUCGCGGGGCCAGCGCGCGAACCCUCGCGCGGAUGAGUGCGGGGCGCGAGCUCGCGAUCACGUGCGGCAGCAAGAAGGACUUUGUGCUCGCGGGGGAGGAACGCACGUGGAUCCAUGGUGUGCCUGUCCUCGCGCGGGCCAAGUUUCGCCUCGCGUUGUUGUCGCCUGGCGCUGCCGGCGACCAUGGCAGUGGCAUGCCCGACAUCAGUCGCAAGCUCAGGUCGUCCAUUCGCGCGCGGAUCCGCGCCGACCAGCCGCGCGUCGCGUUCGUUGGCCUUGGCGGUGGCUUGUGCUCGGGCGGGGGCAUCGCGCGUGAAUUCACGCAGGUCUCUUUUCUGCGGCCCCGCACCGCGGCCGUCCCGCUGCGGCGCUUCUCCCACGCGCCCUCGGACAUGUACCCGGCCUGGGUCGGCUGGACCAGCUCCCAGCUGCGCCCGGCGGAGUCGCGCACGGGCCCAUCCGCCGAGGUCGCGUACCUGCCCGUGCGCCGCGAGCCCGACGCCCUCUGCUCGCCUGGUGAGGUCGCGUACCUGCCCGUGCGGCGCGGGUGGGCCGAAGGCGAGGGGCGGCGGGGGCGCGCGCCGCUCUGGGGCAGCACCGAGGCGGCAGCGGCGGCAGCGGCGAGUGCGAAGUGCUCUGCCGGCGGCCACGACGGCCUGGGCUGCGAGGGCAUGGGGGAGGCCAUGGCGGUGAUCAAGAACUUGCCCAGCAGGUGCAGGGGGGAGGCAGUGGUCGACGUGAUCGACAGGCUUGGCUUCCUCACCAGCGUCAGCGAGUUCUGCAUGCCGAUGCGCGUUGGGAAGGGCAACCGGCUGCUGAACAGGGGCUUCGCCUUUGUCUACUUCGCAGACGCGGGCGUGUGCAGGCAGUUCGUGGAGGCGGCCGGGGGGCAUCGAGGGUUCGGGCAGCACCCCAGCGGCCGUGCCAUCUCCGUCGUCUUCUCCCAGGGCGCCGGCGGCGCCUCCCGAGAGAGGGGCCGUGGAGGGGCCUGA